AUGGCCCCUAUUGAGUACUUGCUAUUCGAAGAACCAACCGGGUACGGUGUCUUCAAGGUCAAACUUCAGCAGGAUGACAUUGGGUCUAGAUUGAAGGAAGUUCAACAACAGAUCAAUGACUUUGGGUCAUUUACUAAGCUCGUGGAGCUAGUGUCGUUCGCGCCAUUCAAGGGUGCCGCUCAAGCUUUGGAGAAUGCUAACGAUAUCUCUGAGGGUUUAGUGUCGGACUACCUGAAAGCCGUUCUUGACAUGAAUUUGCCAAAGGGCUCGAAGAAGAACACUGUCACUUUGGCAAUCUCCGACAAAAACUUAGGUCCUUCUAUCAAAGAGACCUUUCCAUUCGUCGACUGUGUUUCCAAUGAGCUAGCUCAGGACUUGAUCCGUGGUGUCAGACUACACGGUGAGAAAUUGCUCAAGGAUCUUCAAUCUGGUGACUUGGAAAGAGCACAGUUGGGUCUAGGUCACGCCUAUUCCAGAGCCAAGGUGAAGUUCUCGGUUCAAAAGAAUGAUAACCACAUUAUUCAGGCCAUUGCUUUGCUUGACCAAUUAGACAAGGAUAUCAACACUUUCGCCAUGAGAGUGAAGGAAUGGUACGGCUGGCAUUUCCCAGAAUUGGCCAAGAUUGUGCCAGACAACUACAAGUUUGCCCAGCUUGUGCUUUUUAUUAAGGACAAGGCUUCUCUAAAUGAAGAGUCAUUGCAUGACUUGGCUGCCUUGCUAGACAACGACGCUGGAAUUGCUGAACGUGUCAUUGAUAAUGCUCGUAUUUCCAUGGGCCAAGAUUUGUCUGAAACAGAUAUGGAAAACGUGUGCGUUUUUGCUCAAAGAGUAGUUUCUUUGGCUGAUUACCGUAGACAAUUGUACGAUUACUUGUGUGAAAAGAUGCACACUGUGGCUCCGAACUUGUCUGAGUUGAUCGGUGAAGUUAUCGGUGCUAGAUUGAUUUCUCAUGCCGGUUCCUUAACCAACCUAUCUAAGCAAGCCGCUUCUACCGUCCAAAUUCUAGGUGCCGAGAAGGCCCUUUUCAGAGCUUUGAAGACUAAGGGUAACACUCCAAAGUACGGUCUAAUCUAUCACAGUGGUUUCAUCGCCAAGGCUUCUGCCAAGAACAAGGGUAGAAUCUCUAGAUACCUUGCAAACAAGUGUUCUAUUGCCUCUAGAAUUGAUAACUAUUCUGAUGAGCCUACCAAUGCUUUCGGUUCUGUUUUGAAAAAGCAAGUUGAGCAAAGACUGGAGUUUUACAGCACUGGUGCCCCAACCUUGAAGAACGAAUUGGCUAUUCAAGAGGCAAUUGAGUUGUUUAACAAGGACAAGCCAGCUGAGGAGAUUCAAGAGUCGAAGAAGAGAAAAUUAGAAGAAAGUGAGGACGAAGAAGAACCUAAGAAGGAGAAAAAGAAGGAAAAGAAGGAAAAGAAAGACAAGAAAGACAAGAAGGAAAAGAAGGAGAAGAAAGAAAAGAAAGACAAGAAGGAGAAGAAAGACAAGAAGGAGAAGAAAGAGAAAAAGAAGAACUAA